CCUGGUAAGCCGCUGUGGUCUGGUAUUUUGGGAGCCAGCGCCAUUCUGGAGGGAGGUAUGUUAGGUGCACAUCAUUAGGACUCCUGGCUGCGGGCCUGAGCCUGGUAACGCAUGCCUUAAUUUCAGCACUAGAAAGACAGAGCACACAGAGGCCAGUGGAACCCUUUGAUUUGAAGGCCAGCUCGGUAUAAAUAGGAAGUUCCACGCCAGCCUAUGUCAUAAAAACGAAAAACUGAAAGACUCAGCUGCUGAGACCGCGGUAGCUACCCUAUUGAGGGGCUAAGACAGUGCAGCUGCAGGAGUUGCACACUCACAGCUGUGCAAGCCCUGGGGAGGUGUGGCGAGUGGGUCUGGCAUCUGGGGCUGCUUAUUGGCGGUGAGGUAGGCGUGGCAAGAGCGGUAUCGAGACAAAACUACGCAGGCGCCAAGCUCCCUCGUUUCCAUGGCGACGACGACUCAAGCGCUUCAACGGCUUGGCAACUGCCCUGUCCCAAGACUUUGGUCCUACCGCUGGACUCUGUAGUCCUAAGUGUUUCAGUUUUCCCUAUUCGGGUUGCUUCCCAAAACCAAAGGAAUCUUAGCCCCUGGCAUGGGUGACCUGGAACUGCUGCUGCCUGGGGAGGCUGAGGUGCUGGUGCGGGGCCUGCGCAGCUUCCAGCUUCGGGAGAUGGGCUCUGAAGGGUGGAAUAAGCAGCAUGAGAGCCUGGAGAAGCUGAACAUGCAAGCCAUCCUUGAUGCAACUAUCAGCCAGGCUGAGCCCAUCCAGGAACUGCUAAUCAACCAUGGGAAGAUCCCAACGCUGGUGGAGGAGCUGAUUGCGGUGGAGAUGUGGAAACAGAAGGUUUUCCCUGUGCUGUGCCGGCUGGAGGACUUCAAGCCCCAGAAUACCUUCCCCAUAUACAUGGUGGUACACCAUGAGGCCUCCAUCAUCAAUCUCCUAGAGACAGUGUUCUUCCACAAGGAGGUGUGUGAGUCAGCUGAUGACAAGGUCUUGGACCUAGUAGACUAUUGCCACCGCAAGCUGAUACUGCUAGUGGCCCGGAAAGGCGGUGGUGACCUGUCUGAAGAAGAACAGUUCCAGGACAGUACCCCUAUGCAAGUAAGCUACGGUUUCCUGGACUUAACAAAAUCUCGAUGUGAGUUCUCUCCAGCCUCCACAGGCAGGGUGAAUGCUAUGUGCCUGUGCCCCUACCCCCCUCUCCCGCACCAUCAGGAGCUGCAAAAGCAGGCGGAGAUGAUGGAAUUUGAGAUAUCCCUGAAAGCCCUCUCGGUGCUUCGCUACAUCACAGACUGCGUGGAUAGCCUUUCCCUGAGCACACUGAACCGCAUGCUCAGGACUCACAACUUGCCCUGCCUCUUGGUGGAACUGCUGGAGCACAGUCCCUGGAGCCGGCGGGUAGGAGGCAAGCUGCAGCAUUUUGAGAGUGGCCGAUGGCAGACGGUGGCCCCCUCAGAGCAGCAAAAGCUGAAUAAACUGGAUGGGCAAGUAUGGAUCGCCCUGUACAAUCUACUGCUCAGCCCUGAGGCCCGAGCCCGUUACUGCCUUACAAGCUUUGCCAAGGGACAGCUGCUUAAGCUUCAGGCCUUCCUCACUGACACACUACUCGACCAGUUGCCCAAUCUUGCCGAUCUGAAGGGUUUCCUGGCCCACCUGUCCCUGGCUGAAACCCAGCCCCCUAAGAAGGACCUAGUGUUAGAACAGAUCCCAGAAAUCUGGGAUCGCCUGGAGAGAGAGAACAAAGGGAAAUGGCAGGCUAUCGCCAAGCACCAGCUUCAGCACGUAUUCAGCCUCUCGGAGAAGGAUCUUCGUCAACAAGCACAGAGGUGGGCUGAAACCUACAGGCUGGAUGUCCUAGAGGCAGUAGCUCCGGAGAGGCCCCGCUGCGGCUACUGCAACGCAGAGGCCUCCAAGCGCUGCUCCAGAUGCCAGAAUGUGUGGUAUUGCUGCAGGGAGUGUCAAGUCAAGCACUGGGAGAAGCACGGAAAGACAUGUGUUCUAGCAGCCCAAGGUGACAGAGCCAAGUGAAGGCCGUAGCUGCCGAGGGCCGACAGAAGAGCGCACCCAGACUGUGACUGAGCUUCAGGGACUCGUGGCUCGCCCCUGUCAGACCUCAAUUUCCCUGGUGAGCACAGCUGAGUCAAGUAGAGCUGCAAACCACCACACUCUUCACUUCCUGCCCCACCCAGCGAAUACGCAGAGGACCAGGCCACAGCAUCAGCAAACUGGCAGACAGGGUUGGGGGGUGUAAGCAAGGGCCGGAUGUGGAGACCCUCUUCCUUUCGCACAAUAAAGCAGACUCAUGAAACGCAA